AUGAGGAACUUACGCUGCUUGAGCCUCAAAUUGGUUGCUAUCCAGUGCAAGUUCUCAGAAGAAAAAGUGACAUUAAAUUUAUGUCGCUCCUAUGAGGAUUGCUGUGGUUCAAGAUGCUGUGUAAGGGCUCUGUCUAUCCAGCGACUAUGGUAUUUUUGGUUCCUUUUGAUGAUGGGAGUUUUGUUCUGUUGCGGAGCUGGUUUCUUCAUCCGAAGGCGGAUGUACCCUCCUCCACUAGUAGAAGAACCUACUUUUAAUGUGUCUUACACCAGACAACCAGUCAACACUGCAUCAG